AAAAAAAAUAAAAAUACCUAAAUUUAAAUUACAAAACAUUUAGGAGAAUUAUAUUCACACGUUUUGUUGAACUUCAACGGUCACAUCAUUAAUCACUGACCAGCUCUCGUUGAGCGUACAUCAGACGAGUUUUUUAUUAAUCAGAAUGUUUUUCGGUGGAACAACAGUUGUUGGAUUGUUGUUAAUUGUAACAACAAUUCAAGUUGAAUCAAUUGACCUUGAACUUUCUUGUAAAAAAUAUAGUAAAGAUGGAAUUUGUUGUCAAGGCCAAAGUAACAAUUGUAUUAUUAGAACUCCAACGAGAAAUUGUUUUUGUGAUGAGUACUGUUCAAAUAAAUUGAGAUCUGAUUGUUGUCCAGAUUACAAAAAAUAUUGUCACUCAGAAAAGUCAAUUUGUAUUUUUGAAGGUGUUACUUAUAAAGCUGGAGAAUCAUUCUCAAAAUCAUGCAAUAAAUGUAUGUGUGUAAAAAAAGAAGGCAAAAAUGCAGAAAUAACAUGUGAAGAAAAUGAUUGUUUGGAAAACUUGAAAAAAAAAAGUAUUCAUUCAAUUGGAACAAAAGAUCCAGAAGAAUGGCUAUCAUCAGUACAAGAGCCUCUUUUAGUGACAGAUUAUGGUAUUCCACCACCAGAAGAAUUUGAUCCAAGAUUUGAUGAGACAAGAAUUGUUUCACCUAUCAGGAAUCAAGGACAAUGUGGAUCAUCAUGGGCUGUAUCAGUUGCUGAUGUUAUUUCAGACAGGCUAUCAUUACAAAUGAACAGCAAUAUUACACUGAGUGCUCAACAAUUUAUUGACUGUAUUGAUGAAGAGCCACAAUGUGCUCCAGGCAAUCCAGCUGAUGCUUGGAAUUAUGCAACAAUAGCAAAAUUAAUGAGUGAAGAACGUUAUCCCUGGACUGGUUUAAAUGACCAGUGUCAAGUUUCCACUAGACAAUGCCAAGAUGAAAAUUGUCAUUUGAAUAAAUUAUAUUCUAUUGAUAAUGUCAUUCAUUUAUCAUCUCAUCAUAUUGAUCUUAUGUAUGAAAUUCUUUUUAAAGGAUCUGUUCAAGCUACAAUGAGAGUUGGUAAAGACUUUGCUCUUUAUAAUUCUGGAAUUUACAAGUGCCCUAAAAAUUCAAGUUCAAUUGGGUAUCAUUCAGUGAGAAUAGUUGGUUGGUCUGAGACAGAUGACAGCGAGCAAUACUGGAUUGCUGCUAAUUCUUGGGGAACAGAAUGGGGAGAAAAUGGAUAUUUUAAAAUCGCCAAAGGAAUUAAUGAGUGUGACAUUGAAUCAUAUGUCCUCGCUGAUUAG